AUGAUACUUCAAGUAGGAAUGCUUGGAUCGACGGCUAGAAGCUCAUGCCUUCGGGCGGGGACACGAGCAUUAAGAACACGGCGCCAAUUCUCGGUACAAACGGCCCGUCGGCAAGAAAUUCGAGACGCAUACAUUCUAAGUGCCUCUAGGACGCCUACUGCAAAGUUCAACGGCUCGUUUAUCACGGUCUCUGCGCCACAGCUCGGCGCCGUUGCUAUUAAGUCGGCCCUCGAAAAGUCUAAAGUUCCUGUCGAAAAGAUUACAGAUGUAUAUAUGGGAAAUGUAUUACAAGGUUCUAUCGGACAGGCUCCCGCCAGGCAAGCCGCCAUCUUUGCUGGUCUUCCUAAGUCCGUCGAAGCCGUUACUAUCAAUAAAGUUUGCGCCUCGGGGUUGAAGGCCGUAGUUUUUGCGGCCCAGAAUAUUCAACUGGGUCUAAGCGAAGCCCAAAUAGCUGGUGGUAUGGAAAACAUGUCACAAGUUCCGUAUUAUGUCCCUCGUGCGAGUUCUUUACCACCAUUUGGCCACGUCAAGAUGGAGGAUGGCCUUAUCAAGGAUGGGUUGACGGACGUAUACGAUCAGUUUCACAUGGGCAUCUGCGCCGAAACGACUGCUAAGAAAUAUGAUAUUUCCCGGGAAGCACAAGACCAAUAUGCUAUCCAAUCGUACGAACGAGCACAAGCUGCGUGGAAGAACAAGGCUUUUGCGGAUGAAAUAGCCCCCGUGACUGUAAAAGGCCGGAAAGGUGAGGCCAUUAUCGAUACUGAUGAGGGAUAUUUGGAUGUCAAGUUAGAAAAGGUUCCUACGCUAAAGCCAGCUUUCAUUCGCGACGGCACGGGCACCGUCACUGCAGCGAACUCGUCGACGCUGAAUGAUGGCGCUAGUGCCUUAGUACUGGGAAGCAAAGAUAUCGCCAAGGAGUUUGGAGCUGGUUCUAGAGUUCUAGCAAAGAUAUGCGGUUCCGCCGACGCCGCGGUUGAUCCCGUAGAUUUCCCCAUCGCACCAGCUAAAGCUGUGCCUAUUGCUCUAGAACGCGCUGGUAUUACAAAAGACCAGGUUGCGGUCUGGGAAUUUAACGAAGCCUUCGCUGCAAUUCUCGGUCUAGAGAAAGCUAGAGUGAAUCCUCUAGGUGGUGCGAUCUCUCUAGGUCACGCGCUAGGUAGUUCGGGAUCCCGAAUCCUAACGACAUUACUACAUCAACUCAAGCCAGGGGAGUACGCCCAAUUCCUUACGGGUGUCCGCGAUAUUCUCAAGAGUCUCAAUGGACAAGCACUGCGCGAUUGGCUGAAGGUCGAGCCGCCUUUACCGCAGGAAUACUAUAACCUCGCAUCCGAGCUCAAGAGUACCUAUCAAGAUGACAAUGCGCUCGAAAAGCUAGUCGAGAAAUGCCUACCAGAAGAAGAUGACGUUCCAGAAGGCCAGGGAACAACAUGGCCCGGCUUCCUCUCUUUCAUAAAAGACUAUCUUAUCUACUGGAGGGACGUGGAAUUCGACGACCUCCUGGGCGCCCACCAAUUGCUCACAGCAUUGACCAAUUCAUGCGCCACGGCGCUUAACAAUCCCACGUAUGGAACAAUAAUGUUGCAGUCGAGCAUAUCACUUUGCGGCUCUCUGUCGACCCUGUCGAUGACCCUAAAUAAACGACCUGAUCUCACUAGGAAACUGGCAGCCAUCCACGCUGGGGACGAGGAACGGAAGUCGGUUAUCGAGAUCACAGCGGAGAUCAUGCAAAAGUUCUUCACAACGUGUCUCACCGACCGGUCGAGUCCGCGCUUCGCACAACCCACAGGCAAAAAGGUCGGCAUUUACGUCUUCGCCAACAAGACUUUGAAGUUAUUAACCAUGAAUAGCAAGUCUUACCUAGCGGCGCAGCUUUUGACUAACAUUAUGGCAAAAUCACCGCCGCUUUCGUACUAUCCAGCCGCUCAAAGGGUGACAUUUUUGUAUUUCCUCGGCCGCUUCCACUUCAACCACAAUCACUUCUGGCGGGCUGCACAAUGCUUACAGGAGGCUUAUUCGCAAACACCAGCACGCUUCCUAAAGCAUCGCCGAAUCAUACUCACAUACUUGAUACCGGCGAAUUUCGUCCUAGGCCGCCUACCCUCACAGGCUCUUCUCCAGCGACCAGAAGCUCAGUCUAUGGCGCAGUGUUACUCUCAGUUUUCAUUAGCAAUCCGAAAAGGCGACUAUAUACUCUUCCAGCAUACCAUCAAACAGCACGAAACCUGGUUAAGGAGCAAAGGCUUUCCUUUAUAUACCACCCUCCAAUGGCGUAUUCGGCCGCUGCUCUGGCGAUCGCUCUCGCGGCGAACCUUCCUGCUGACGUACACGCCUCCCGCCGAAGGCGAUUCGCGCAAAGCUGCCGUAUUAAAGCUUGCGGAUUUUAAUACCACAAUGAGUUAUGUCCAGAAGCGGCUCGAAGGAUAUCUCCCCGCAAAACUGGCUCCGAAGGGGCGCCAGUCUAGUGUCAAUAGUUACCUCCUGAAGGCUGUCUCCAACAGUGCGGGGACUAGUACGGGGAACUCUACCAUCGCGCCGCCUCCCGGUGGACCUAAGCAUCUAGCGCCAGAUGAGGGCUUAUUGUCCGGUAAUAUGGCUGUGGAUGACCUCAUCGUCGAGAACAUCGUUGCGUCGCUGAUAAGCCAGGACCUUCUACACGGGUAUAUAGCGCACUCUCAGGGCGCAUUCGCUAUCAUGGGUACUAAGCAGAAAGGUAGUGCGGUGGCGGCCGGCUGGCCCACCGUCAGCGAAGUGAUUAAUCAGCGAUCCGUGGAGCCUGUUGUUCCGGGAUGGGUCAAGGAUGAGUAA